AUGACACUAGAAGAUAUGAGAAAGGAAGGAGGAGAUCGCAAUUGGGAAGUUUGGGAUCAGCUCCAGAAAGAGCUAGAAGAAGCUCACUGUUCAGAGGAAAUAUUCUGGCAACAAAAGGCCCGAGCUUUAUGGCUCAAAGAAGAGAUUGAGGAGACCAUUUCUGCCUAUUUUGAGAACCUCUAUACUUCCCAGGGGUCCAGCAAUGGGCAUGAAUUGUUGCCUCUAAUUCCAACAACAAUCACUGAUGAGCUUAACAAUAUUCUUCUUGCACCAGUGGAGGAAGAUGAAAUUAGAAAAGCAGUAUUUAGUAUUCAUCCCCUCAAAGCCCCAGGAGAAGAUGGCAUGACAAGGCUUUUCUAUCAGAAUUUUUGGCCAAUCAUAAGCAGAGAUAUAUGUGCUGCGGUCAAGAACAAUGCUUACCUGUAUGUAUUUCUGAGAAUCAAAAUGCCUUUCUUCCUGUUUUUUCAUUUCUUGAAUGGACAUAGGAGUGGGACUAAUUACUUCAUGGCAUUGGAACUGGAUAUUGUGAAAGCAUUUGAUUGUGUUGAGUGGAAAGCUAUUCAGUUGGCAAUGCUUAGAAUGGGGUUCCACAGACAAAUUAAUGGGCAAGUGGAGAGAGGUAACUUCAGGGUAUUCAAAUUUCCAGGGAAGACUUUUCAGCAAUUCACUGGCCAACAGGUUAACAUGGGCAAAUCUACCAUCUUUUUCAACAAGAAUUCACCAAUGGCUAUACAACAUCGAUGUUGCUCCAUGUUGCCUGGUAUUCAAGUCCAUUCAUCUACCAGAUACUUGGGAUUUCCCUUGGGUAUAGGGAAGUCUAAGAAAGAGGCUUUUGAAUACAUAGUCACAACAGUGAAGAAGAGAAUAAUCAGCUGGAGGAACAAGUGGCUCACUACUGCAGGAAAGGAGGUUCUUAUUAGAGUUGUUCUUAAUGCCCUCCAUGUCUUUGCUAUGUCAUGCUCUGUUCUAGCAGUGGGCUUGUGUGCAGAAAUCUCCAAAAUAUGUGCACAAUUCUGGUGGACUCAAAUUGACUACGCAGCAUGGAGGUUUAGGCUUUCAGACAUCCAAUUACUCAAUUCAGCCCUUAUAGCAAAGCAGCUCUGGAAAUUGGUUAGUGAACCAGAUAGAUUGGUCACCAAGAAACAAAACUCAUCAUGGCUAUGGAAUUGUUGGCUCUCAGUACUGAAAUCUUGUGGGAACUCGAUGCAGAUAGUUGUGAGAAAUGGGAGGAGCAUAAAAAUUUUGCCUGGGAGGGAUAGAGACAUUGAAUAUGUUAGAGACCUUAUGUCUCCAGAAGAUGAAUGGUCCUGGGCUCUGCACAAGAAAGGGACAUUCUCAGUGAAAUCUACCUAUUCCUACCUUAUCACUCAGAAAUUCCUUAAGGCAGGCAAACCUCAAGGAAGUGGGGACUUACACUUAGAUGCUAAAGUUCGAACCAGAAGCUGGAAACUCAAGAGUAGAGGCAUCCAGGUGGAGACAAUUGUAGGCAGUGUGGAGAGGAGCAGGGAUCUAUAUAACAUGUACUUUUUCAUUGCAGCUGGACAAGAGUGA